UAAAUAUAAAAUCAUGAUGUAAUUUAUAAUUUGAUGAAUUUAAAACAUUUAUGGAAUCAAAUAAUAAAUCUCAUUUAUCGGGUGAUCAAGAUAAUGAGGGGCCUCAUAUUCCAUAUUUUUUAGAAUUUUUUAAAGAAAUAAUUAAUUACAUUCUAAAACAUGAAUUUGAUUCCAAAUUAUUAAAUGAAGAUGACAAAUUAUUAACAACAAACUUUAAUAAACUAUCCAAAGAUUGUCAAAUUUUGUAUCUUAGAAUUUUUUCAAGAAAGCGAAGAUGGAUUCUUAUUAAAAAAAUUAAUUAUAAAAAUAUUGAUAUAUUGAAUUGCUGCAAAAUACUAGCUGAUCAUAAUUUUUUUGAUAUUGCCUUUGAACAAGGAAAAGAUUCUUUUAUCGAUCUAAAAACUUUGCUAGAGCUCUUGCAAGCACCAGAACUUCAAACUAUUUAUAGACAAACUUUUAUUUUUAACAAAGGAACUUUAAACAAGACUAAAAUGAUAGAUGAUUUGAUUAAGAUUAGUUCUAAACCAUCCAUUUUUCCUUCUUCAACAUCACUCAAAUCUAGUUUGUUAAAAAAACCUUUAUUAUUUAACACAUAUUAUAACGGAAUCACGUGGUCGAGUCGGGCCUCCUAUAUAUCAUCGCCCCAAGGACGGAAAUACCAAGUUGGAUUAGAAAGAACCAUGUUGCUGGGAUUCGAACCCAGAACCAUCGGAUUGGUAAACGACGCUCUUGCCAGAUGUCUCACUCGUCUCCUCUUUCACUUCUUGACGCGAUGCCUAAGAAUGUUAGGACAAAGUAUCAGGCUAUCUGAAACACCGAUGCAGAUAUUUUUAAAAUUGCUUACACUAUACUCUUUGCCCUCGAGUCUCUACGAAAAAAUGGAAGAAAAAAAAAAUAUAUUUUAUCAAAUGCUAUUGUCUAAGACUGGUAAACUAACCUUUCCAUCUUACCAAAUAAACCAUAACCUAAACACUGUCAUAUUUGAAUCCAGAGAAUCUUUUCACCAUUUUCAAUCACUCUUAAACAUGUAUUCCGAAAGUAUGGAACAUUUUGAGAAGAAACGUUAUGAAUCAUGUGUUAAAAUUUACCAAAAUUCUAUUGUAAUAUUACUUCAACAUUAUGAAUGUCCGGAAGCUUCCAGCUUGACACGACAAGUCCAACUCUACUUUAAACUGCAUUUUCCUGCCAAAUCGCCCGCAAUCCAUAAAAAACCCACACGCAAAAUUCUGAUCAAAAAAGAAACAAUCAGGGAAAGUGAUGAUGACCCGAACGAAGUAUCGAUCGUGGAAGAAGUCAAGGUCCACCAAACUGAAGCGGAAAUUGGAUUAAAAAACAAAUUUUUAUCGAUUAUGAAUGGAUUGGAGGACAGUGAAAAUCUAAGGCAGGAAUUGGAUCGAAUAUCUGCCAUGCCCGAGUACCUCAGAAAAUAUUCGGCAUACUCGGUCUUUCUAAGGCUGGAAUCAUUAGCCUCCGAAUCUCUCCAAAAGCUCAAAAAAUACGAGAAGGCCACAAAAUUGCUUAGGCAUUUAUUACGUCAUAGCCAUUUAGCAACUAAACGUAGAGGUCAUUGGUGGAAUAGAUUGGCGCUUAUCACCGAAAAGCAUCUCAGAAAUCCGAAAGAAGCCAUUAAGAUCGUCAAAUCUGGGCUCGAAGAUCCACAAGCUAGAACUGGUCAUAGGUUAUCUUUAUACGAUAGAUAUAAAAAAUUGUGCCCAAAAUGCAACGAAGAAUACGUCAUUAUGCCAGAUCUCGAAACCAACGCGAUCCAGAAAAUAACAAUAUGUGGCAAAGUUUUUCCAAAACCUUCCGCACAAGGAAAAACGAUAUUCUUUACUACCUCUCAAAUCCCGUCACAGCAGAAAAGUGGUUUAGUCCAUAAAAAUUAUGAACAAGAGGAGAAAGAAGAAGAUAAUCCCACGUCGCUAUGUAAUGUCGAAAAUCUAGCCCUGAAUCAUUACCUUGAACACGGAUUUACUCAUGGUGUGCAUGCGGAAGGAUCCGUUUUUUCUACCUUGACAUUUCUUUAUUUUUGGGAUGAGAUUUUCUCUCCAAAUAUCCCAGAUACUUUUAGGAAUAUGUUUCAGACGUGCCCGUUGGAUUGGGAAUACGAUUCUUUUUAUAGGCGAAGGAAACGGCAGAUAGAUCUUAAAUUGGCACUUUUGAGAGAGGAACAUGAUUUAAAUGAUACAAAUCUUUAUAUAAUACGCCAAAAUGACGACAGUUUUUGUAAAAGUCAAAAAUAUAAUAAUAACGGUGAAAGUUGUGAUGGUGAUGAUAUUAUAGACGACUUAAAACCAAAUCAAAAGAAUUCAAAAAAUGUUGACCUGCGUGAUUACAAUAAUUGUGACAUUAACCAAGAAAAUAACGCGAAUCAUGUUGUUAAAAUCGAUUCGAAUGAUGAUGAUAAUAUCAAUGCUAUUUCUAAUAAAAAUAGUCAACUUUAUUUCGGUAUCAAAACCGAUGUUAUCACUGAAUCCUUUAUUGAUGGCCAAAAAGAUAUUAUAGGAAAAGGGGAGAAAUCAAAAGUUGGAACAGGUAGGUUGGGCUAUUUAAUCGAUGUUGUGUCAUCUCGAUGGGAUUUACUUCGUGGUACAUUCGAUAAUGAUUCGAACGAUGCACGGAAAGGACAUGAUCAAGAGAUCAGAUUAGCGCCAGUUCAAUUCCCGGGUCUCAAUUGGGACGUAUUCGGUAACGAUCCGAUUAUCUCUAAAAAUUCGGCUUUAACCAUUUUAAAAUGCUUAGGUUGCCACAAAUUUUCGCUCAUUGCCGAAGUUUUGAUCAAAGAUCACAGGAAUCAUAGAAGUGGGUUCCCUGAUUUAAUCCUAUGGAACGAGAACACUUUCAAUAUUAAAAUUGCAGAAGUCAAAGGAUUUGGUGACAAAUUAUCCACCAAACAAAUAUUAUGGCUUGAUUACUUAGCGUCAAUAGGUGUCGAUUGCGAGGUUUGUAACGUCAAUCCUACCAAUUCUAAGAGAAAACGCUUAUCUUGAACAAUUUAUAUAUAUUUUAUUUACAAACAAAUAAUUUUUUUCUUUCUAAAAAUUAUACCAAAUUUUUGAUA